UUCGGCUGAAUCUGCUGUACAGCUGGAUUCCCGCGUGCGUGCUUGAAUUUCGUUCCGCUGCUGAGCCGUGGCAAUCUCCAAAGAAAACAAAACAGUCUGACGCACUUGAAACAAUGUGAAACUUCCACUUCAUCUUUGAGAAAAGAUAUUAUAUAUAAUAUCCAGGCGAACACAUUGUCCUUCUAUCGUGGAAAAUGUAUAUAACUUGAAUGGCUGACACUCGUUAUUUGUGACCUGUCGGAUUUUUUAAAAAAUGUCUUGUACUAUGAUUGAAGUAACACAGUUUUGUUUGUGGUCUGUACCUAUUUUUGCCAGGAAAGUUAAGAAAGCGCUUCUAUAUAUUUGCAGUCAACCGCCGUUGAAAAUGCUAGAAAAUUGGGGAGGGAUAAUUGCAUGUAGGCUCAGAUGAUCUAUUUGAGUUUUGCCACGUCUGCAAUUUAUAUUUUAGCGGACGUCGUGCGGGGACAACAUCUCAUAUUGACCGUGAAGGUGCCAAAAUGUGUUAUGCCAUACAUGGCUUAAAUUGCUAUUUAGUAUCACUCCCGACCAUGAAAUCUAUCGACUAAAAUUGUUGCUUGUUUUCUUAAUGACAUUUCAUUAAAAAUUGUAAUGAACAUUUAUCAUUACAAAUCAUAGUUUAUGUAGCGGCAAUUAAUGCGAAUUUUAUUGCGACCUUGUUCGAGAUCCUUUUGACGCGAAAUUCUCAUCUAAAUUUUCAUAAUUGGUUUCAAACGGUUAAUUUUAGACUCUUGAUUUUUAUAGCCGGAUAUAUAUUCCGAGGGUAAAAGAGAAAACGAUUAUUCUAGGUGUGGUGUCUAGGGAAAAUUGGCAAACGUAAGGGUUUGCGGAGGACGCCAAUAAGAAAAGGGAAAAUGUUGGGAUUGAACGCAUAGCUAAUCAACCGAUGCUCACGUCAUCUGUGGGAUGUACUCCUUAAAAAAACGCUCUUUGCCAAAAUUAAUUUCUCGUAAAGCUAUAAAAGAAGCAUCAACAAGAUUUUGAUCAAAUAAUAAUAGUCUUGAUUGUUUUAAUUGACAGCUCGACUUGUAACCGCACCGACAAUUUGGAUCGCUAUAAAACAACAGGCUAUAAAGAAAUUUAUGCCAGAAACCAGCAUCUGUUGCCGCCAAACGAUGUCACUUUCCUUCGUGCAGCCAUCCAAUAAUUUGUGUCGUUGCGCUUCUGCCCGCCGAGUCUAUAAAAAUACAAGUCCGGGAGAUUGCGUAUACAGACGACAGCGGGAUGAUGAGAACUGGGAUAAGGACGCGGCCUAGACAGUCGUGCAUGAUGAAAAUUCAUUUGGUCACGCUUGAGAUUUCGUCUCUGUCCAGCAGGCCGAAGAGCGGCAUAUCAGUAUUUACGAGUAUUUGCAGAGCUUGCUCCUGUGUAGUGCAACGAGAGAAAAUGACUAGACUAUAUAGUUACAUGUAUAGCUGCAUUGUUAUUUAGCUCAGAUCUAUAGGCAGGGUUGUAUUUACGCAAUUUUUCGUUUGCAAUAAGCCCUUGUACCAGAUGACAUUACGGUCGAUUGGGAUAUACUAUCACGUUUUACCUCUAGCGGCUGUUAAUUGAGCCUGUUGUCAAUAAAAAGUGGUUAACAUUAAGGAAUAACGAAAGGCUGUUACGUCAGCGUUUUUGGGUAUCAGUGUACGAAUGAACGGGAUUCAUUCACGCGUGAGAUAUUCAAUCAUCAUCAGCAAUGAAAAUGGAGAGUGGUCAUAAUUUUGGAUAGGCGGAGCUUGGUCUGUGGCUUCUGCAAGUUUAAGACCCAUCACGUUUCAUCUUUAGCAAUUCCCUUUUUUCUAUCUUAUGGCUGAGUGUCCAAUAACCAGCUAGGCCAUGUCGACAUUUUAAGUCUUUUAGGCCCAUCAGACCACAAAAUCCCCGCCCAAAUGGCUCGAGCUGUGAGUCAACUCCCACAUAUGGAAAACAACCUUGAGGUAAUCAGGUCUGUCAGCUUUUAACGUAUAGCAGUUGGAAUUGGCCGCUAUAUAAAGCCGAGCUGAAUCCACUUGAAAUCAUCCAGUUGUCUUUUCAACAACAGUCCUCACUACUAACAAGAAAAUGAAGGUUAUCAUCGCUUUAGCUGUUUUGGCCGUUGUUGCCGUCACUGCCCAAUACCCCUCUUAUCCUUCAUAUCCUGCACCGGCUUAUCCUAAACCAUCCUACCCCAAGCCUUCUUACGACUAUGCUCCCAUUCCGUACAACUUUGCCUACGCUGUCAAAGAUGACUACACCUACAAUGACUUUGGUCAUCAAGAGACCAGCGAUGGUUACGCCAAGACCGGGAGCUAUUACGUCCUCUUGCCAGAUGGUCGCAUGCAGACUGUCAACUACAAGGCCGACGAGAACGGAUACGUCGCCGAUGUUUCGUACAAGGGUGAAGCCCAGUACCCAGAGUACAAGCCGGCCUACUCCAAGCCCGCCUAUCCCAGCUACAAACCGGCCUACCCCGAGCCGGCCUACCCUAAACCUGCGUACAAGCCCAGGUACAACUAGACAGUUGCAGCAGAGCAACUUGCAAAAGAGCAGCAGCUCGUAAUGCCCGAGAUUAUUUUAUGAAUAUAUAGCAGCUAUACAGUACGAAAAUAACAACUCAUUUGAAUAACAAACGUGAUACAACGAAAAUUCAAUACAAGAAUUAAACAUUUAAA